GGCUGUGUUGUUUCUGGGUUCCUUCCUCCCACUCUUGCUGAAUCUGAUUCACCAUCAAGGCUCGUUGCUUCCCCCUAGUAGCCGCACGGCGCAGCUGUGCCAUGCUGCUGUGUAAACGCGUCCCUGCCCUGGGACGACGGCUGUGGCAGGGGCACCGCGCACCUUCCGUGCCGGAGCUGCGAGAGUUCAUUGUCCGUAACACGGAGGCAGUGAGCGGGUCUCUGAGCCCGGAGAUCACUCUGCGGCUCCUCACUCCGCGCUGUCCCUUCUGGAGCCAGGCUGCCCGGCUAUGGCCCUUCGGCGACCCCUACUGGGCCAUUUACUGGCCGGGAGGACAGGCGCUGUCCAGGUACAUCCUGGAUAACCCUGCGGUUACAAGGGGAAAGAAAGUUCUGGACCUGGGAAGUGGCUGUGGUGCAUCUGCCAUUGCAGCCUUCAUGAGUGGAGCGACCGAUGUUCUUGCCAAUGACAUUGACCCACUUGCAGCAAUUGCGAUAGGAAUAAAUUGCGAACUUAACAAAAUUCCACCACUGCGAGUAGCAACAGAAAACUUAAUUGGAAAGAUUGAAGAAAAAUGGAAUGUGAUUCUUUUGGGAGACAUGUUUUACGAUGAAGAACUUGCCACUGAUUUACUCACUUGGCUGACAAAAUAUAAGAAGCUUCAUGGACCAGAGAUCCUCAUUGGGGAUCCUGGAAGAGCAGAGUUUACAAAAUAUGUUGGACAGAACUGGCUGCAGAAGGUCAGCGAGUAUGAACUUCCUACAUCCACAAAGGAGGAGAAUUAUGGAUUGACUUCAAGCAGUAUCUGGAGAUUUUUGUAGGAUAAAACUGGGCUGGUCCAAGCCAUUUCCUGUCGGGGUACAAUUACAGGCCGUUCAGCUCUUCCUGUCUGAUCUUUUACCUCAAGAGUCAAGAAUGUUUUAUUGUCAUGUUCCAAACAGAACAAUGAAAUUCUUACUUUUAAUGAACUGUACACUGCAAGGGCCAGGAUGCGAGCGGGCAAGAUCAUCUCUGACCGCUCUCAUCCUGGCCACAAACUCUUUGAAUCACUUCCCUCUGGAAGGCGACUCCGGACUGUCAAAGCUGCCACAGCCAGACAUAAAAACAGUUUUUAUCCAUUAGUAGUUGCUCAACAGCCAGAAAUAUGUAGCCUCCCUUUGAUCUGGUAUUUUGUUGGUUCACAUGCUUGAUCAAUGGUGCUUUAUCAUUAAUGUUUUAUUAUUAAUGUUUAGUGUUUU